CAAGGCAGAAGACACUGAACAAACCUCUGAACUGAUGAAGCUGUGGAGAAAAGUGAACAUGACCGAGAGCCUCCAGGACAAGCUAAACACAGAGUUGGUGAGCAGACUGAGAGGUUUUGAGGAACAUCUGAAAGGUCAGAAGACAAAAAUCUCAGCGUGUGAAGCUGAGCUGGCAGCUGUGGUGGUCAGACUGAACGUGACUGAGGAGCAGCUGGAUGAGCUGAGGAGACAAAGUUCAGACCGAUUGACUGCUGCACAGAGAGACACUGAAGAUCUGCAGGUCAGACUGAGAGUCAGCCAGAAACAGCUGGAAGACCUGAAGACAGAAAACUUAGUGAAACUUUCCUGGAUGGAGUCCAGACUGACAGAGGGACUCAACAACACUGAAGAGUUGGUGAGCAGGCUGAGGAUCAAUGAGAAACAGAUGGAAGACCUCAAGGCAGAAGACACUGAACAAACCUCUGAACUGAUGAAGCUGUGGAGAAAAGUGAACUUGACCGAGAGCCUCCAGGACAAACUAAACACAGAGUUGGUGAGCAGACUGAGAGGUUUUGAGGAACAUCUGAAAGGUCAGAAGACAAAAAUCUCAGCGUGUGAAGCUGAGCUGGCAGCUGUGGUGGUCAGACUGAACGUGACUGAGGAGCAGCUGGAUGAGCUGAGGAGACAAAGUUCAGUCAGAGCCGCUGAGCUGCUUUCUGUUUCAGACCGAUUGACUGCUGCACAGAGAGACACUGAAGAUCUGCAGGUCAGACUGCGAGUCAGUGAGGAUGCAGUCAAGGAGCUCCAGACGGAGAACCGAGGUAAGCUGAAGGUGGGCUUUUCCGCUGGUCUGACUGAUUCAGGACGGGUCGGACCCUUUAAUGAAGAAACAACUCUGAUCUUCUCAAAAACCAUUACUAACGUCGGCCACGGCUACAACCACUCUGCAGGUGUGUUCACAGCUCCUGUCCGAGGACUUUACUUCUUCAGCUUUACGGCUGCAGAUUUCCUGAAGGGUUACAUGGGUCUGUACCUGUACAGGAACAGCCAGCCAAUCGUCUUCAGCCUGGACUUAAACAACCAUGGCGGAUACGCCACCACAUCCAGCACAGUGACCCUGCAGCUGGAGCAAGGAGACCAGGUCUCCCUACGUCUUCCAGCAAGCUACCGGCUCUAUGACGACUCUCGGAACUUCAGCGUCUUCUCCGGAUUCCUGCUGUUCCCACUGUGACCGGACCGUCCCAGGAGUACACGAGACAGAUCAAACCCUUAGACUGACAAAAACGGUUCAAAACUAUGAUAAUGUAAAGAACAGUCAUGUUUACAUCAAUAAACAA